AUGUCAAGUGCUUCAGGCCCUAAACCAUUCAGAUUUCUUCAAGUGUGGAAUACUCAACCUGCAAUUUCUCAAGUGGUGGAAGAGGCUUGGAAGAGGAAAGUUAAAGGAGAACCAAUUCAAAUUUUGUGGCAAAAAUUGAAGAUCACAAAGGCUGCAGUUAAAAAUUGGAAUACAAUGAAGUUUGGUUCUGUGUUUGAGGGUGUUUGCAAAGCUAGAAGUAAUCUUGAGGCCUGCCAAAUGGAAGUUCAGCAAAAUCCAAUGGAUGUUGAGAGUAUCCAGAAGGAAUUCAAUGCUAGGAUGGAAUUUGAAUCUGCUUUAACCAAUGAGGCUGUGAUCCUUGCUCAGAAGGCUAGAAUUAAAUGGGUUAAAGACCUUGACAGAAAUUCAAAGUUCUUUUACCAAAAGAUCAAGCAACAUAGAGCAUGUAAUAAUAUCACAGUGUUGGAGGAUGGGGAUGGAGUAAUCACUCAUGACUCAAAUAUUAUUCAGGAGAGGUUGAUUGACUAUUUUAGGGAGCUAUUUACAGAACAUGAUUGCGCUGAUAUCCAUGUAUCAAAAAAUUUUAUUAGGAAGAAACUAUCAGUGGAAGAUGCUACUGCCCUUGAGGUUCCUAUCACUAGGUUGGAGGUCAAGCAAAUUGUAUUUGGCAUGGGAGCUGAUAGAGCCCCUAGACCUGAUGGGUUUACAUGA